AUGUGGUGCCAUCCGACAUAGAGUUUAUUUCCUCAAAAGUUAUACCAAUAGGAGGCAGUAACAUAUGGGGUACCGUAGAAGCCUAAAAUAGAAGAAGAACCAGUGGUUUAGCGCUGCUGCACCACAGAAGAAGAAGCUCGGAGUCGCUGCAUCUGUAACAAUGGCGGCCGCCCUGAGAAGAAGCUUGGUAUCAUUGGUCAAGGGCCUGAGGGGCCCGCAGUGGCAGCACUUGACCUCUCGACCAUUGAGUGUGUCUGCUGCUUUGUGUGGCCCAGAAGCCCCACCCGCCCGUGCUGAUGCUACCUUCAAGGUCACAAUGGUGCCAGGGGACGGAGUCGGACCUGAGCUGAUGACUGCUGUCAAGGAAGUGUUCAAGGCGGCAGAUGUCCCAGUAGAAUUUGAGGAGUUUCACCUGAGCGAGGUACAGAACAUGGCCAGUGAUGAGAAACUGGAGCAAGUAUUAACCUCAAUGAAGACCAACAAAGUGGCAAUGAAAGGAAAGAUUCACACACCCAUGGAAUUUAAAGGGGAGCUGGCUUCAUACGAGAUGAGACUGAGGCGUAAACUGGACCUGUUUGCUAAUGUGGUUCAUGUGAAUAGCCUGCCCGGCUACAGCACUCGCCACAACAACCUGGACCUGGUCAUCAUCCGCGAACAGACCGAGGGGGAGUACAGCUCCCUGGAGCACGAGAGUGUGACGGGUGUGAUCGAAUGUUUGAAGAUCAUCACCAGAGUUAAGUCACGGCGCAUUGCCAAGUUUGCUUUCGAUUACGCCACCAAGAAGGGACGAAGCAAGGUUACAGCUGUUCACAAGGCCAACAUCAUGAAAUUAGGUGAUGGCCUGUUUCUGCAGAGCUGUGCAGAGAUUGCCCAACUGUACCCCAAAAUCAAAUAUGAGACCAUAAUCAUUGAUAACUGUUGCAUGCAGCUGGUCCAGAACCCUUACCAGUUUGACGUGCUGGUGAUGCCCAACCUGUACGGUAACAUCAUUGAUAACCUGGCAGCGGGGCUGGUUGGAGGAGCAGGAGUGGUUCCUGGGGAAAGCUACAGUGCAGAGUAUGCUGUGUUUGAGACUGGUGCACGCCACCCCUUUGCACAAGCUGUAGGAAGGAACAUUGCCAACCCCACUGCCAUGCUGCUGAGUGGUGCUAACAUGCUCAGGCACCUCAAUCUGGAAUAUCACUCCCAGAUGGUGUCAGAUGCUGUCAAGAGGGUCAUCAAACAGGGAAAGGUACGGACACGAGACCUUGGUGGGUACUCCACCACUGGCGACUUUGUGCGUGCUGUUGUGGAAAACCUGCGUCACCGACCUGUUAACUAAGAUGUGUCGUCGCACUCCGCACUGACGUUUUCUUGAAUCUGGACAUUGUUCUUAACAUGAACUGGACGCAUGUUAAGACUCACCUCACCUCUAAUUGCCAAAUGGCAGUUCUUAUACACCAUUUUGACAAACACCAUCAGUUGCAUCAUAAUAUAUAUGGUUUAUACCAGAUUUGCUAAAUGAUCUGGUGGAAUCAAUGGUGCCUUGUGUUGUCAUUUACUAAAUUAUGUGCAGUUCAAGAUUCUUCCUCUCAUGGAUUUACAUCAUUUCAUCUAUAUUAUCUUUCCCUCAUAGUAACUGUCCAUCUCUUUGCAUCUUCUACUGUUGCAGUUUUUACUUGACUGAUUGAGAUAAUCUUUUCACUCAUUCUGGGGGACUUUUGUGUCCACUUAUUUAGAUGUAAUUGUGCUCGUGCCAU